UAUAAUUAAGGACCCCAGUCGUGACUAGUUCAUCAUAACCAAGGACAUAAGGACACUAAGGAUAAAUCAAGAUGCUGAGGGAAAUGCUGAGGGUGCUGCUUGUGACGUGCUGUGUUCACGCAGCGAUGCUGCAGGACUACAGUAGCUGUGACCCUGGGUCGGGGUUGGGGUUCGAGUUCACGGAGUGCGACGAGGCGGGGGGUCGGUGGAGGGUCAGCGUCCCCUCCUCCCCCUCCUGCGAGGGCGUCCUCCCCUCCCUCCCCCCCACCAGGCUGCAGCACUGCAGCGUAUCCUGUGACCCCGGGUCGUACUUCAACGUGAGUACCCUGGCGUGUACCCCAUGCCCUGGGGGUACGUACUCCCUCGGUGGGGGGGUGGAGGUCACCGCAUGGAAGGACCCACUGCCCCCAGGCUUCCACCUCAGCACCGAGGCCUUCAGAUCCACCUUCUCCACCCCCCGCGCCAGGGGGGAACUUGACUGCUCCCAGUACGGGUGGCAGCCCCGCGGAGACGUGAUCGCCAGCCCUGGGGGGCCGUGCGCGGCCGUGCUCGUGUACACCGUGAAGCUCGUGAAGCCUGGUACGGCCGUGUACACGUACCAGUACACCGACGAUGCUACCAUCUUCGAGUUCCAGGCUCAGAACGAGCAGUGCCAGAGCGUCGGUGACGCAGAUGACGCCAAGUGGCCGCCACUGACGUACGAAGGACAGUGGCGGACAGUAGAGGUCCGCCUCACGGCCGGCCUCAAUGUCCUCCGCUGGAAGACCAUCGGUGUUGACGCUCGUCCAUCACCGAGACCUGUCAUGAUCAGGAGCCUCAGUGUCAGUGGGGUUGCCUACACCUCCGCCUGCACGCCCUGCCCCGCGGGGAAGUUCAGUGACGUUGGGGCUCGUGAGUGUACGGACUGUCCUGAGAACACCCACAGCCCCACGGGGGCAGCUCGCUGCACCCAGUGCAACCCCGACAUCAGUUAUGCCCCCAAGGGCUCCCCCAAAUGCCUCAACCGCCCCCCGUGUUCGGCCAAAGAUUAUUACGAGAUAGACUCGGCUUGUGACAGCAACAAUAAA